UUUCCAUAUUUGUGGGCGAUUCUGGACUAUAUAAGUCCGAUCCGGCGUGCCGACACCAAACAGUUCUCGCCAAGCACUUGUAGUUGCAGCAGCAGAUUGAGAUGUUCAUCAAGCUAUUAUUGAUCAGCCAGCUGCUGGCGCUGGCCUUCGCCCAAUUGUCGGUCGAAGAGGCUAAGAAGCUCAUUGACGACACCUCGGUUUACAGCGAUGAGGAGACGGGUGAUGACAUGCACCACCCGGAGCCGCACUAUCCUCCCCAUUAUAAGCCCCACUACGAGCCGCAUUAUCACCAUGAGCACGUGAAGACAACCACCACUCCUGAGCCCGAAACCACCACAGAACCUGCAUUGGAGACGGAUAAUAAUGCCACCGCUAUUCCCGAUGGAGUGGGUCAGCUGGAUGACGGCCUGGGUCAGCUCUCUAGCGGAACAUCGCUUCCAGAGUCCACAACUACGCCGAAGCCAGAGACCACAACCACUACGACCACCACUUCUACCACUACAACUACGACAACGCCAAAGCCCCACAAACACGAGCCGCACCCCUAUUCCCACCCACACUCGCACCCACACCCUCAUCCAUAUCCCCACCCAUACCCCUACCCAUACCCGUAUCCCCAGCGGCACCCCCAUCCCUAUGGUCAGCCUGAACUAAUCUAUCCGGCAACGGGACCAAAGCCUGCCUCUGAGUCUUCCUCCCCCACUCACGGAGCUGGGCAGAAGUCGCCUGAGUUGAGUGGAAAUCCCUCAUAUCCGAGCUUCAGAACUCCGUACUCUUCUUAUCAGCCACCCCUCAUCCAGGGAUUCCCUCGAAUUCCGCACUUCGGAUACCCCGAAGAGCAUAAUCACAAAGAAGACUCUGCCGAGGAUAAGGCCACGGAUCACUCCGGGGAAGAGGAGGAGAAGAAGCCGGAGGAUGGGCCACUGAGGCCGCCGGGCUAUGACUAUCCAUCAGUCUUCUUGGUUCCCCGACGUCCAGUAAUCACGGUGCCCAGCUAUCCGAGAUCGGGUGGCGGCUAUGGUUCAUCCUAUGGCUAUGGACGUUACUAAUACUCUUAGAAUAAAGCUGCAGUUGUUAAAUCAAUUUUAUUUAAAUAAAUAAUAUUCAAAUACGCUUAA